AUGACCAAAACUGCCGGAGGCAACAAUGCCUACCACAACUUCAACAAUGACUUCCUCCACAUCAAGGAUGUCAACGAACGCAGGCGUCUUGCCCUCGCCGAAGUAGACAGAGCUCCCUUCGGUUGGUACCAUAUCAGAGCUAUUCUUGUUGCUGGUGUUGGUUUCUUUACCGAUUCAUAUGACAUCUUUACCGUCUCCCUCCUCACCCUGAUGCUUGGCAUUGUCUACUAUCCCGGCGUUGGCAAGAUGCCCACCACUUCCGACACGGCUAUCAAGAUGGCGACAUCGGCCGGUACUGUCAUCGGUCAAGUUGGCUUCGGUACCCUCGCCGAUAUCGUCGGUCGCAAGCAAAUGUACGGUCUCGAGUUGAUCCUUAUCAUCAUCGCCACCCUCGCCCAAGCCUUGACCUCGUCGUCGCCUUCAAUGAACAUCGUCGGCGUCAUCAUCUUUUGGCGUAUCCUUCAAGGCGUCGGUAUCGGCGGUGACUACCCCCUCUCCAGCAUCAUCACCUCCGAGUUCGCCACCACCAAAUGGCGCGGUGCCAUGAUGGGUGCCGUCUUCGCCAUGCAAGGUCUCGGCCAGCUCGGCGCCGCCUUCGUCAUGCUCUUCAUCACCCUCGGCUUCAAGAAAUCCCUCGAACCAGCCCCCACCCUCGCAACCUGCACCGGCGACUGCGGCGUGGCCGUCGACCAAAUGUGGCGUAUCCUCAUCGGCUUCGGUGCCGUGCCCGGUUGCAUCGCCCUCUACUACCGCCUCACCAUCCCCGAAACCCCCCGCUACACCUUUGACGUGCAAAUGGACGUGGAGAAAGCCUCCGCCGACGCGGAAGCCUAUCUCAAGGGUGAGCCCGAGGGCAAGCCAGAUACCGUCGCCCAGGCCAUCACCCAGCAAACCGCCCAAAAGAAGCUCGAAAUCCCCAAGGCAUCCUGGUCUGACUUCUUCCGUCACUACUCCAAGCGCAAGAAUGCCAUGCUUUUGGCUGGUACGGCUCUGUCGUGGUGCUUCCUCGACAUCGCCUACUACGGCGUCAGUCUCAACAAUGCCACCAUUUUGGAUGUGAUCGGGUACUCGACCAACAACGCGAAAAACACCUACGAGAUCCUCUACAACACCGCCAUAGGAAACAUGAUCAUUGUCCUUGCCGGUGCCGUACCGGGUUACUGGGUCACCGUCUUCACCGUUGACACCAUCGGUCGCAAGCCCAUUCAGUUCAUGGGUUUCGGUAUCCUCACUGUCCUCUUCGUCGUAAUGGGCUUCGCGUACGAUAAGCUCUCCCCCAAGGGUCUCCUAGCUAUCUUUGUCCUCGCGCAGUUCUUCUUCAACUUUGGUCCCAACGCGACUACUUUCAUCGUGCCAGGGGAGUGCUUCCCUACGAGGUACCGGUCUACGUCGCAUGGUAUCAGUGCCGCGAUGGGCAAGAUUGGCUCGAUUAUCGGUAGCAGUGCGAUUGCUCCUUUGAGGACAAGGGGCGCCACGCCUGGUAACCCUAACCCCUGGAUGGAUCACGUUUUGGAAAUUUACGCCUUGUUCAUGCUGCUCGGUCUGGGGACUACGGCUAUGAUUGUCGAGACCAAGAGGAAGACGCUGGAGGAGUUGGCGGGGGAGUAUGAUAUGCCUGAUGAGGAGACUGCCUCUAGCACUGACAACAAGGCCGAGGGUGAGGUGCCGGCUGUGAGGGGGGCGAAUGGGGGGGGUGAGAGUGAUGAUCAGAUCAGGCAGCAUGCCCAGUGA